AUGCCAACCCCAUGGUUCUUCUUCGCAGUGGGGCGAUUGGUUGCCAGAUCUUCACAGUCGAGGGCGGCGAUGGUGGGGAUCUCGACAGUGGAUUGCUACGACCCGACAGCAGACCGGUGGUUGCCAGCGACAGGGAUGCGCUACGGGAUGGCACGGUACGAUGCGACGGUGGUGGAGCGGCAAAUGUGUGUGAUAGAGGGGUGGCGGUGGCCCUUCUACGCAUCACCGAGGGCAGGAGUCUACGACAUGGAUUGGGACACGUGGGAGGAAAUGAGCGAAGGGAUGCGGGAUGGACGGAUAGAGGCCAGCACCAUCGUUGGGGACCGCCGCCUCAUCAUCACUAACUACAAGGAUGGUUAG